UUUAUUACAUAUAAUCACCCCUUCUCUCUCACUCUCUCUGUCUGAAUUUAUAUAUAUUUUUGCAGUGCAGUGUACUGGCCUGGCCUGGAUCCAUCGGGAACUCUGUUAAAACCUUAAUUCUAAUAAUGGUACAGACGAAAAAGUUCAGAGGUGUCAGACAACGCCAUUGGGGCUCUUGGGUGUCAGAGAUUCGCCAUCCCUUGCUCAAGAGGAGGGUAUGGCUGGGGACAUUCGAGACGGCGGAGGAGGCGGCGAGGGCUUACGACGAGGCGGCGGUGCUGAUGAGCGGGAGAAACGCCAAGACUAAUUUUCCGGUCGUCCCCGACGCCGCCGCGGCGGGGCCGGAGAUUCUCUCACCGUCGCCGGCGGGUUCUCGAGCGUCGCUCUCGUCAAUCCUCAGCGCGAAGCUUCGGAAGUGCUGCAAAUCGCCGUCGCCGUCGCUGACGUGUCUCCGGCUGGACACGGAGAAUUCCCACAUUGGGGUCUGGCAGAAACGGGCCGGGUCGAGGUCCGAUUCUAAUUGGGUCAUGACUGUUGAGUUGGGUGAGAUCCGAAAGACGACCCGGGAUCAGAAUAACAGUCCCGCCGCCGCCGGGAACCCGACUCCUCCGGCGCCGGCUCCGCCGCCGCCUCCGCAGCAGAGAGACGCCGGCGGGCAGAUCGGAGAUGGAAUCGAUGAAGAGCAGAGGAUCGCGCUGCAAAUGAUCGAGGAACUUCUCAACAGGAAUUGAUAAAUAUCAAUUAAAUCCAAGUAUACAAUUUCUCUCUAAUUAUAAUAUAAUUAUUAAUUUAAUUAAUAAAUUAUAAGAACACAUAUAUAUAUAUAUA